AUGUAAUCAAGCAAACUAUUUACUUAGGAUAAUCAUUAAGAAAAAUCUCCAAUUGAAUAAAAAGAGGAACAGGUUAAUAAUUACGAUUAAAACUAUAAUCAAGAGCAGGAACCACAUUCUAAUGAUCUUAAACCCCUUGAAUCUGAAAAAUAACCCAUCUAAGUGGUUCCUGAUGUUGAAGAAGGGUUUUUCAAUCGAAUUAAAGGAUGCUCUUGCAGGAGACAGGCUGAUGAAAAAACAGAAGAAAACAAUGAUGGAUGCAUUACGAAGUUAGAUAAAUUCAUUUAGAAAUACUUCACUCCUACAUAUUUGCUUCUAGUAUACUAUUCUGUCUUUUCCACAGCAUUGCUUUUCUCACUUAAAUUGAUCAUUUAAGAUUAAGAUCUGUAUCAUGCUGAAAUUUUAGGGGGCUUGUUUCUAUUCGUUCAAGUUUUGAAAGGAUUGCUCAUCUAUUUUCUGAACGAUGAAUGGCUUGAUGAAUUGCCUUAUUUGGAUAGUACCUUUGAGAAUGGCUGGAGAUUAUUUAAGAUAACAUUCUUUGUUAUAACUAAUUUAGAUAUUUGUUAUUGGAUCUAUUACAUCUAUGCUUAAAAUAAAAAGGAUGGCACAAUUGAACACAUGAUGACACUGUGUAGAAUGGUAGAUGCAUUCUUCUUCAAUUUCCCUCUUAUGAUAGUGUUUUUCUAUCUUUAAUUGCAAGACUUACAAACCAUUCAAAUACCUUAUCUAGUUAUUGCAGGACUCAAUUUGCUCCAAAUAGUUAAUGGAUUCAUGCACUUAAACUUUUUUGCUGGAAGUUCCUUCUUAAGCAUCAGAUGGAGCAUUUAACUCAUUUGUGAAUUAUAUGUUAAACUCCUCUUAGUUGAGUCAGUGUACAUUUAGUUGGCAGAAUUCAAUAUUCAAUUUGAGUACUUCGGGUUAUUCUGUUUGUGUGGCCUAAUUCAAUUUUACUUAUUCUCUGAAGAUCAAGAUAUAAUUGGAUAAGUAUUGUCCAUAAUCUAUUUCCAAUUGAAAACAUUCUUUGUGAUUACAUUCAAGGAAGAAAGCUUUGGAAUGUCAGAUUUGGAUUGCGAUGCAUAACCAGGAAUUCUAAAUGUUGUUGUCCAAAAAUCAACUUAUUCCUAUAUUUAGAAGGCAUUCAAUUUCUUCUAAUUGUUAUCCCUCGCUUUCAUUUUUUGGCUUUUUGGUGGAUGGGAUAACAUCAUGAAGAAUGAGAUACUCUAUUAUCUGUUCCUCGUAGGAUUAGGAUGUUUAGGUAUUAUAUCCUUGAACUUGUUAUAUGUUGUUCUAAGUGGAUGGAAAAAGAACAUGGUCAAACCUUGA